AUGUCGGAUUACACGCUGUGCAACAUUCAAGCUGGUACACCAUUACAAGAGAAGAUUAUCUUAAAGAAAGACUCAAAAUCUCGACAUGAAAACUCUGCAAGCAAUGAAAUUCAGGAAGCUCAAGGCAGGGGAGGAAUUUUUGAAAUUCGUCGAUCAGAGUUGGACCCACUCAAGGAUCUUACAGAGGACCGACGCUAUGAAACUGAUAGCCGGGCUUUCUGCUCCGUUCGCUUCUCGAUUAUUCAGUUCGAGGGUAUUGAAAGCGUAAAGCAGAUCUUUGAUAUGGUGGUUUUCUACUUCAGCAACAUGGAGAUCAGUGUCUCGGAGAAGCUCAAGACUCUCGUCACCGUUCGAGAAAAUGAUGACGAUAGCACUAUCGAGGGGAUCACACAGAAUUUUUUGAUGUCUACUACGACCGGAAAGUUUGUGAGAAUGGAGUCAAACAUCAUUAUGUUCUCCGAAUUCUACGAACGGGACGAUAUCCAGUGUUCGGACUGUGGCUACGGGAUCGUCGUGUCGGAGUUUGUGGGCGUCGACGAGAGUUAUCCGUACCGACCUAAAAAACGCGUCCGUAAGGAUGUUAACGGGGUUAUCGAAGUGCGUGGUUACGAUCGUCCAUAG